UCUCUGUCUUCGUAUAGUAUCUUUCUGUGUUCCCUCUUCAAAGCCGUCCUCCUGCUGGCCUUAUUCAGUAACUCUGGCUUGGCUUGUUUGUUGUCUGGGGUAACGCUGUUGCUGGGGACGAUGUCAGAACACAUUCAGCUCUCAAUAGCCCUGUGUAGGAUUGGCUUUUACACGUGUCUCCAGAAAUUGUGCUGUAAGGCCCCCCCUCCACCUAGACCGGAGUAUGAUGUAGUGUGCAUUGGACUGAGCGGUGCCGGCAAGACCAGUCUGCUAUCUCGCUUGUGCAAUGAGAUCAGUGAUGGCACGAUACCAACCACAGGUUUCAGCAUCAAGGCAGUGCCAUUUGAAAAUGCGAUACUGAAUGUGAAGGAACUAGGAGGAGCUGAGACCAUCAAGAAAUACUGGAGCCGAUAUUAUCAAGGUUCCCAGGGUGUAGUGUUUGUCCUCAACAGUGCUGCAUCAGAUGAAGAGAUGGAGGCUUCCCGGUCUGAGCUCCACUUGGCCCUGCAGCAUCCUCAGUUGUGCACCCUUCCUUUCCUCAUUCUCGCCAACCACCAGGAUUCACCAGCUGCCCGCUCUGUGUCGGAGGUACAAAAGUACUUUGAAUUGCAGCCACUGAACCGAGGGAAGCAAUGGAUUUUUGCAGGCACCACAACGAACAACAUGGAGACUGUGAGGGAGAGUUUCAGUCAACUCAUCAGCCUUUUGGAAGAAAAGGAGGUGCUACCUAGCAGGAUAUGAUUCAGUCAAACUUCAAAGUGGAAAGUGGGUUUGAAGUGUUGCUUGCUAGAAGGAAUUUUUUUGGACUUCUCCUUCGUCGUUGUUUUAUAACCCACUAGAGACAUAGAUGCAAACAGCCACAUGUUUUGAUGAGCUGACAGACAUAUUUGUUACCCUUAGGUCAAGGGCCACACAUAUGCUCAUUUAGUAGCAGGUGAACCAAAAUCCAUUAAAGAGAUCAGAUUUUUACCAUUAUUUGUAAAAGUAAUAAGCUACUUGAUAAGCUAUAUGUUGUUUAUUAGUUGGUUGUCAUGUAGUAUGAGUGUGGAAUUUAUGUAAAUAAUAUAUUGUACAUACAUACAAUACAAUGUAUGAAGCAAUCCAUAUUUCUUAUUAAUGAAUGGCUCAAAAUCUGAGCAUUCGUUCAGCAUCUUUAUAGAAAAUACUUUAUAUAUUAUAUUAUUGUAUAUUAUAUAUUUUUGUUUUAUUAUUAUAGCAAGUAUAGUGACCCUUGCACUCAUUAUUUUUUCUUCCUUUCAGAGAAUGUUAGAAUGAUUUCAUGCUUAUGUUUUCAUGUUCUUAAUUUUGUUGUUUGAAAAGAUGACACACCCAUUUACUUGGCACUGGUUUGAGCUGGAAUACAAACUCUAUCAAUCAGUGUCCGCAACAGCUGCAUUUGACAAGUCCCUGUCCGCCAGGCUUAAGCCCUCCAACUAUCUGUGGAGACUCCUCCCCGUCUGCCACCUCACUCCUUGCCCAGCCACGCACUGCGGCCUCACCCCCUGCUUCCUGCUGGUAUUAUCCGAAUUCCUCUUCACAAAUUUAGAUUCCUGACUGCGCACCUCUCUGAUGUAUAUUUUGCCUCCAGACUUGUUUCAGAGUAGUUUUGGACUCACACAUGCUGUGUUUCUGUAUAUUUAGUGUUAACCUAGUUGUGUAUGUUUUGCCUGCCAAUUGCCACUUGAUGUUUUUUUUUUUUGUUUUUUUUUUUAAUUAUGUUUGUACUGCUUUUGAUUUGAUUGUAGCCCAUGUACCAGUUAAAUAUGUUCCUUAAUACCCCCUCAACCUACAAUCCUCACGGCAACACUUUACUCUAAGGUUAAAUUUAUUAACAUUAGUUAACGUAUAAGGUGUUAUGAACUGUAUAUUAGACUGUUUUAGAGCAGUUAUUAAUCUAGGUUAAUGUCAGUUUAUAUAGAUACUAUUGUUAAUUUUGUGUUUGUUUAUUAUAAAUUAAUGAAUGUUCAUUUAUACAACUUGCUAUGUUAAAAAUGUAUUGUAUGUUGAAAUUAACAUUGCAAAUAUUAACAUUUUUUAUAUCAAAUUAUUAUAAACAAAGUAUUAUAUAAAUUGUAAUAAAUUUAUAUUAAUUAAAUGCUGUAAACUCGUUGUUUAACGUUAGUUUAUUUUAGCUAUGACAUUCACUUUAACCUUAUUUUAAAGUAUCAUCUUACAUUUGA